AUGACGAGGAACCAGAUCUCGUACUGCAUUUUCCUCGCGAUCCUGCUCGCCGCACCGCUCCCGAAUGCCGCCCUUGACCAAGCCGCGCUGCUGAGGCUAUUCAUGGAGUCCCAGGCCCGGAGCGAGGCCGACAGGAUCACGGCGCUGCCGGGGCAGCCGCCGCGCGUCAACUUCGAGCAGUACGCCGGGUACGUGACGGUGGACGAGGAGCACGGCCGCGCGCUCUUCUACUACUUCGUCGAGUCCCCCUACGACGCCGCCUCCAAGCCCCUCGUCCUCUGGCUCAACGGAGGGCCGGGGUGCUCGUCGCUGGGGAUCGGCGCGAUGACGGAGCUCGGCCCGUUCCGUGUCAACCCCGACGGCAAGACCCUGAGCAGGAACCGGCACGCCUGGAACAACGUGGCCAACGUGAUCUUCCUGGAGUCGCCGGCCGGAGUCGGUUUCUCUUACUCCAACACGUCCUCGGACUACGACAAGAGAGGCGACGAGAGAACGGCUGUGGACUCAUACGUCUUCCUGCUCCACUGGCUCGAGCGGUUCCCCGAGUACAAGGGCCGCGACUUCUACAUCGCCGGCGAGAGCUACGCCGGGCACUACGUCCCGGAGUUGGCAGCCGUCAUCGUGGCUGUCCGCAAACAUACCGGCAAGGACCCCACGAACCUCAAGGGAAUCUUCGUUGGCAACCCGUUACUUGAUUUCCUAAAGAAUUUCAAGGGCGGUCUGGAGUUCUUGUGGAACCACGGGGUGAUGUCCGACGAGGCGUGGGCGAACAUUGCCGAGCACUGCAGCUUCGGCCCGUCCGAUGGCGUUUUGUGCGAUGAGGCGGAGUCGCCGUUCAACCACUUUAACUUCUUUACUACAGUCGGCAACAUCGAUACUUUCAACAUUUACGCUCCGAUCUGCAUCCAGGCGCCCAACGGGACGACCUACCCCAGUGGCUAUUUACCUGGAUAUGAUCCGUGCACCAAGUACUACGUUACCAACUACUUCAAUAGCCUUGAUGUGCAGGAGGCGAUCCAUGCUCGUAUCAAUACAACUUGGUCAAAUUGCACUAAACUGCCGCACUGGAACUUCAACGAGGCCCCAAUAUUGACCAUGGUGCCAACAAUCUCCUGGCUUGUGGACAACGGAUUGCGAGUCUGGUUGUACAGCGGUGACAUGGACGACGUUUGCCCAAUUACCGCGACAAGGUACUCUGUUCAGGAUCUCAAUCUGACCAUCACAAAGCCAUGGCGCCCCUGGUACGCCCCUGCCAACGAGGUUGGGGGCUAUAUUCAGCAACACGAGGGAGGAUUCACGUUUGCAUCAGUGAGGGGAGCCGGCCACAUGGUGCCUAGUUUCCAGCCUAAGAGAUCGCUAGUUCUCUUCCACUCCUUCCUGAAAGGCGUGCUCCCACCUGCAGUUUCAUUGUUGCAGCCGUGA